AUGGGUAAAGAGAAUCAGUUGGAGGCAGCAAACCGUGGAGUCAAUGAUCACAAUUGUCCACCAGUCAAGAACGAGGAGCUAGCUGUUGAGGCUCUUUACAGUACACACAGUGACUCUGGUUUGCCAACUUGUCGUGUAUGCCACUCUGCAGAAUCCGACAAACGAGGAGAUGCUGCCUUGGGGAUCACUCCUCCGGUUCUAGAAGCUCGUAAAAGCAAUGCAGACCAAACCAGUGGUGAUGUCAGCGAAGCUGAGGAGAAGAGUUGUUACAUUGAUAUUGAAAUGGGAAUCAAGCAGCAUCAAGAUGCAUUGAUUGAACUUGGAUUCUACUUGCUACUGGUUUACUCACUGUUACUUUGGUCUGGCUCAUUACUCCUCGUGUUGAUAAGAAAACUGCUAGGAGUGGAGUUCAUAUACUUCUUGGUGGUCUAUGUGCUUUAA